UCCCGACACUUCCAUCGGGGCGUCUGCUUCCGCGGCACCAGGCACUAUCACAAUGUCAUCCUCGACGUCAUCAGCCCUGUAGCUCUCAGUACAGAUGCGGUGUUCCGCGACGGAUCCUCCGACGUGCACGCAAGUGGUGUUGGCACAAGAGGAGGGACGUCACCCAGGACGCUUGCGGGAUGGUUCGACGCCGCCGCGUAACGAUGACGUGAAUCUGUCGUAGGGUGAGGUGGUGGAACAUUGCCGACUUUGUACAUCGGUUACAGGCCCUGUGAUUCGAGAGGUGCUAGGAUGGUCCCUGCGCAGUCAUCAAAUGGCAUCGCGGUUGCUGUGGAGUCUGAAGCACUAGCCGAGAACGAGUUUCAAGGAGACGGUGUUUAUAAUAGGACUGACGGAGUUCUGAAAAGCGAUGAGCGUCUAGUGCUGAUCCUUAAUGAGAGUUUCCGGUGCAAACUGAAGUACGUACUACCACACGCGGUUGAAUCGAAAGAAGCAAUAGUGCAGUCGUCACAGUCGACAGACGGUGUCCGGGAUUCUGAGGAAUCUAAAACAGGAGACGUAAAAUAUGAUGAAGACAUCCCUUCUACUAGUAGACAUACAGCGCCAGAGAAUGAUCAAGAUCAAGUGCAGAUGUAUGUGGAGAAUGUACAACGCGAACAGAAGAUUGUAGAACAAGCAGUGUUUGAAUUGGAAGGCGCAACGGCACAACCUACUGAGUCAUCGCAUGGCCUCGAUAAUUCCGAAGAGUCUGAAAUACUAAGAGACGAACAGCCACCCGAAGACAUGUUUUCUAACAGCGAUCACGCAUCCCCGAAAAAUGACCAGGAUCUAGCGAUGACAUUUAUGGAACGCAUUCGACGCAAACUGAAGGCCCUGAAGAGCAGUAAAGCCGGACCUGAUGAAUACCUGUUCCUGCGGAACACCGUAAUUCCCGCGCUGCGAUCCGCUGUAUUAUGGGUGCGUCGAACUGCCAAGUCGUACGAUCGUGAACGUGUAGUUAGAUACGUUCGUCAAACGAUUGAAGAAACAAUAGAAUGGUGUAAUGAAACCAAUGUUAUAUGUAAGACCAUGGUAUUCAUCUGGUGUGGAGCGUCCAUCAUCGGAGACCGAUGGGCGCUGACUGCAGCCCACUGCGUCGCCGGCUCCAGUGGUCCUGCAGACCUAUCGCUGCGGGCUGGUACCGUGUCGCGUGAACUGGCGGGCUGGGUGAUCGGCGUUGUCUUCAUUAAGGCACACCCGGAAGCCAAGCUAUGGAGAAACGACAUCGCGCUCUUACGCGUGCCGAGAGACUUCCCUUUCGGAACCAAAGUCCAGGCUGUUGCACUGGCUGAAUCUCGCAUAACACCUGGUUAUUCAGCGACUGUGACUGGAUGGGGCCGCACAAACGUCAACGGGAGUUUCUCAUGGUCGCUGCUGAACACCACAGUUACUGUAUCGACCAGUAGCAAGUGUGAAAAGGAUUUCGGAUUCAACAUAACGUCAGACAUUGUAUGUGCCCGACCUAAGACACCAAGCACGGAUAUCUGCGAAGGAGAUGGCGGCGGAGCACUGACGAAAAAUGGAAUUCUGUACGGUAUUGUGAUAUAUGGAAGAUGCUUAGGUGACGUCAGCCAAAAUAGUCUGUACGUCGAUGUUUCCUAUUUCUAUAACUGGAUCAAAGACGCAACAGCACUUGAACCCGUAUGA